AUGAAGUAUCGUCAGCAGUGUUGGAGCUUCUUACUACUCAGUGCAUGGACUUUAAUUGUUGUCGCUGAUGCUGCAGGACCUCCGGGGGCUUCGGACCGAGGACUGGGCAAGAGCCAGCGGAGAGACAAGCCCAGCACAGGAGCGGAGAAGAAGAGGAGGCUGCACCGGAUCCAACACGGACAGUGCAGCUACACGUUUGUCCUGCCCGAGCUGGAGGGUUGCCAGGGGAGACAGGUCACGGGGGCCAGAGCAGGAGCCAGCGUGGUCCAGCGAGACUCCCCUCCGGACUGGUCCACGCAGAAGAUACAGAGGCUGGAAAACACCAUGGAGAACAACACACAGUGGCUGCAAAAGGUUCUGCCACACAAAUCUGAUGUCACCUGUGUUAAACCGCCUGUGCCCAAAGAGAAGCAAACAGCAGAAUAG